GUUUUGCUUUGCGUUGCGUUCCUGGCUGGUUGGCUGGCUUCCUUCGUGCGUGGAGAUAACACGCUGCUGGAAAAGUCCAAGGUCACUUUCAUGUCGAAAUCUCGGAAUCGUGGCAUCCCACUCUCACCAUCCAGAACACGCCCUACUGCUGCCAGGCCCCGGUGUCGCAGGGCCGGGAGGACGUCGCGUCUAGAAUCGGGAAGGUGCUUCCCACGGGCAACAGUAGCAGCACGUACCGUGCGUUGGAAUCUGAGAAACGCAUUGACGGAUUUGGUAGUAGAAGUGUGCGUUGGUUGUACGAGUGAGUGGGGGAGAGACGCGGAAGAGCGAGUGAGAGGGAGAGGGAGAAAGGGAAACGUUUUGGUGGACAGGAUCUUGGAAGAAGGUUGGGAUGCAACAGCCUGCGUACGUGUGUGAGGUAGCGGGGCGCUGAAGGUACAAGGCGCACGGGUUGUCUGAAUAUAGUCUUACAGCGAGCCUCGCGGGACGUAUGCUGAGUGUUUGAACUCACGAGCUGAAUUGACGUCUCCUCUCUUAGAAGCCCGAAUUCGUCUGUGGGAUUGUGUUGGUGCGAUGUUGAUUAGGAUGGGAGACCUUUCUUGCUGUUUUCUCCGGUUGUAUAUUUAGUCGUGGAGUGGAGUUUGUAAGGUGAUUGCCUGGUGCUGGAAGGAGUUGGUAUGUGAGAUCGUGCGUGACUGGAAAAAGCGUCGUCGCGGCAGUAGAACUGUAUUAUCUGUGAGAUGAUGCGGGAGUGCGUUGUAGGGAAGGAAUGAGAGAGGAGAGAUGAGAUGGAGUAUUGGUGUACGUUACGACGACCGAGCGAUCUCUGACGUUAUGGAGGGUGUUGUGUUGGAAUUCAUUAACACUUUGAAACAAAAGCGACUUGUAAAGUUUUCUUUCACAUGUGACCAGCAGUGUUAAUCGACUUAGACCGCCCACAUCGAAGAUUCAUUUGUGAAUUGAAAAGAAGCGCUUCAGAAUGGAGCAUGAAGUGCUUGCUGUUGGGGUUGUACACCAUUUCUUCGAACUAGACUGCACAUUAAAAUAACUAUGCCAUAAAAAGCUAGCUCUUCACGCUUAUCUCCGUCGUGGCACUCCAUCUAGAUCCAUCCUCACAUCUUGACUCAGGCUCAUCGUAGGCAAAUAGAAAUUGUUCGAAUCGUCAGCAGUGACAACCUACUGAACCUAUAGGUGUACCUCAAGUGUUGAUUAUUUAUAAUCAUGCCUUCUUUCAGACCGCUUUACAGGGCGUCCUCAGUGCCAGUAGACGGAGAAAAUCGAUCAACCAAGAGAUCUUUAAGUCGAGACGUGAUGAGGAAGAAAUUGCUCAGGAGGAACACACUGCCCGAUAUCCAAGAGGAAGGUUUGUAUACCCCUCUACGCCGCCCAUCAUCGUAUUCGGUAUAUAAUUUGCUUCCUCCAGAUGCAAAGAGAGCACGUGAUUUGGAAGCAGGACUGGACCCUCCUGGUCAUCAGCUGCAUUCAAAUGUCGAAAUGGCAGCGGCUUUGGUUGACCAGGCAAUGCAGGGGAGGUAUCUGCCGCUUCCUGUGGUUUAUCAUAAAGACUAUGACACUGCAAAGCGUGCCUUCAUUCUAUAUCACCAGCUUUACAUUGCAAGGGCACUGGUGUACGUAAUUCUCAUGUUGCUACCUUUCUUUGAGGUACCUGCUUGGUGUAAUGAAAAGCUACCACACCCCUGCGGUGACCCCAAAAAGUAUCCUCUGAGCGGACUACCUUACAUUCACCCUUACAUAUCUCUUGCGAUUGAGACAUGUUGCGUUCUGCUUUUGGCGUGGUCUGUUGCAUUGCAACGGUAUUUCUUAGGUUCUAGUUUUUGGCAGAACCAAAUAUCUAUAUAUAAGGUGGUUUUGCUUGUGGCGAUGUAUAUAUCCAUCUCUGCUUCGGCUUUAGGAAUAGCGGGAGACCAAGGCACCAAGAUAUCUAUGUAUUUGAGAAUUCUUAUCCCAAUUGUGUUUAGCAGGGCUAUACGUGGUUGUUUUCGUAUGACAUUGCUCAUUGUGCACACGUUUAUGGACAUAACGGUCUUGGUUGUAAUCUUUGUGAUGCUCUCAGCAUGGCUUGGAACUACCCUUUUCUCAGAGUCCACAAUUGAAUUCAAGGACUAUGGCACGUCCCUUUUGAAUCUCUUUGUGCUUUUGACUACUGCAAACAAUCCAUCUGUGUGGGCAACAGCAUAUCGAACAAAUCGAUUUGCCUUUUUCUUCUUCUCUACAUAUUUGCUUGUGGGGUUCUUCUUCUUGAUGAACCUGGCAUUUUCUGUGGUUUACAGCAAUUAUAAAACUCAGAUGGCUGUGGAAGUAGCCAAGCGAAUUACUGCAAGGCAAGGCAAUUUAAGGGCAGCGUUCAGUCUUCUGGAUAUUCGUCACCAGGAGUGGAUCGAUGGUGCCACAAUGAUCGCUCUGUUCCUUGCGAUCGGUCGAUACAGGCAUAUACCCGAUGUUCGAGCACGGACUAGUCAUCUAUUUUUAGCUCUCAACAAACGAGGAGAUUUCAAGAUAUGGUCGGAUGAAUUUGAGGAGCUCUGUGAUGUUAUUGCAAAAGAGGUGGAAAGGCCACCGGAGUUACGGCGACGAAUGAGCAAAAGUGAGAUGCAGUUCGUGAAUCAUCCAGUCUAUUCCUAUGUCGUGUGGGGAUUCACACUUGGAUCUUUGGCUGCGGCAAUCACAGAACUUAAUGUGAAUGGUAGUGCAAAGCUUCUACUCCUCAGUAUUGAGUUUCUAUUCGGUUGGGUGUUUGCUAUGGAUGCGUUACUGAAGUUGUGUCUGCAAGGUUGGAAGUCUUAUUGGGGCCGCUUAUUGAACAAGUUUGACUUCGUCUUGACGGUUCUCGUUGUGGCACUUCAUUUUAGCUCUUUCUUCUACGACGGUGCUCGCCCCUGGGUUUCUUAUCUACUCAUUGUGCGGGGAUUUAGGACGAUUGCUCUUCUAUCCUUGAUCACACGUUGGCGUCUCAUGGCUCAAACAUUGAUAGUUGUGAUUCCUGCUACAGCUCCAAUCUUGGCACUCCAGUUUCUUAUCUGCUCCGCGUUCUCUAUUUUGGGGAUGCAUCUCUUUGGGGGUCUCGUUUAUGAAGGCAAUCCUGCUCUCACAGGCACUCAGUAUUUGGAUCUAGGUUUUGAAGUAUUCAACUAUAAUGACUACGCAUCAGCUAUGGCUACCUCAUUUAAUUUGUGUGUUGUCAACAAAUGGUAUGUGAUCAUGGAUGGCUAUGCGGCUGCCACGAAUAGUAGAUGGUCGCGGAUUUUCUUCAUGGCAUUCUGGGCGAUAGCUGUUGUAUUUACGCUGAAUGUGGUGGUCGCCUUCUUUACUGAGGCUUUCACUAAUCAAAUGGAGAAAGCUGAGCGGAUAAGAGCCCGAGAGUUGAAACGCAAUGCGGAAGAAGAUGCUCGGUUAGGGAGGAAAAGAUCUGGAAUGAACCUGCCAUUUCGAGCAACGAAGUCUCUGUCUUAUUAUGAUCUUUAUGAAGACAUCGUGAAGAAAACCUGAUUGAACAACUUUGCACAGGGAAAAUACGAUGCUGUGGCUUUUUUCUGAUAGGCCUCACAGGGAAUCCGAAUUUCGUUGUCGGGAUUUGAAAUCUGAAUUGCAAUGGAUUACGCAGAUCCAUUCUGAGCAUGACGUGACUCAAGUCGGCUAGUAUUUGAAAUAGCCUGCUGUGAGGCUCAUUGCUUCAGUGUAUCACGUAAACACGGGGCAUUUGGCAACAACGCGCGUUUCUUUACAAAUUCCCUCGGGUGAUAAUUAACGAAGUUUGUAUUAAGUACCUAUCGGAAUUGUGUUCUUCUGCAAAUGUCAUCGAUUGUCGCAUGGUUAUUGAUCAUUUAGGAUCAAGUUGCAGCUUAUCAGUACAUGGAGGUGCACUGUUCCUGACAUCGGAACAGCGGUUGCGCAGACAACUACACGCAGUCCGAGGAGAGUGUCUAGACGGCCCUGUAAAGAUUUGUUUUCAAGACAAGACGGGCUUCAUCUAACUUUGAUAACGCAUGCGGCGAGUAUGUCAAACAUGCAAGAGGUUGCAUUUGCAAGAGUGUAAAAUUUAAGUUUUUCUCAUUUGCGUUUGAUUCGUACUUUGAGCAGCUGAUUUCAACCAUAAUGGAUUAGAAUUAUUUUAUCUGCACCUAAACCAUGGAGAUUUCCAGUUCGUGAAAACCACAAUUUGCUUUUA